UGUUUGUGUUCCCCACCGACCCCGUUCGACGGCUUUCCUUGGUCGCGUUCCGCCCUCGAUAGGCGGACGUCGAGCUGGUUCUGCAUUCGCCAAAUUGGACGGCCCCCCUCUCUUCCUCCCAUGGCGGAGGAGAGGCGAAGAGAGGUGGCGGCGACAAAGGCGGUGGAGCAGGACGUGAGGGGAGGACGGGUCCCGCUCAUCGUGAAGGAGUUCGUCGCCGGGGGCGUCGCCGGCGGUGUCGCCAAGACGGCAGUCGCGCCGCUCGAGCGCGUGAAGAUCCUGUUCCAGACUAGAAGAGCAGAAUUUCACACUGUAGGAUUGUUGGGAUCCUUUCAAAAGAUUCUACAGACAGAAGGUUUAUUAGGAUUCUACAGGGGGAAUGGAGCCAGUGUUGCCCGAAUUGUUCCCUAUGCGGCUUUGCAUUAUAUGGCAUAUGAACAAUAUCGAAGAUGGAUCAUUCUUGGUUUUCCUGAUGUGGGAAAGGGUCCUGUUCUUGAUCUUGUUGCAGGGUCGAUAGCUGGAGGGACUGCAGUUAUUUUCACUUACCCUCUUGAUUUAGUUCGUACAAAGCUGGCCUAUCAGGUUGUAGGACCAUCACGGCUCAAAAAUAAAGGUCCUUAUCACUCUUCUGAACAGGUUUAUCGGGGGAUUCUUGAUUGUAUUUUGAAGAUACACAGACAGAAUGGCUUGAGAGGCCUAUAUCGUGGUGUAGGUCCAUCAUUGUAUGGGAUCUUCCCUUACUCUGGUCUCAAGUUCUAUUUUUACGAGGAGUUGAAGAGGCAUAUACCUGAAGAGCACAAACAAGAUGUUAUUAUGAAGCUUGCUUGUGGAUCUUUGGCUGCUUUAUUGGGGCAAACAAUAACAUAUCCCCUUGAUGUUGUUAGACGACAAAUGCAGGUACAAGCCCUCUCAACAUCUAACAAUAAAUCAGGGAAGGGAACCUUUGAAAGCCUUGUCAUGAUAUCCCAAACUCAGGGUUGGAGACAACUCUUUUCUGGACUGAGCAUCAACUACUUGAAGGUCGUACCAUCAGUGGCAAUAGGAUUUACUGUAUACGAUAUCAUGAAGUCAUGGCUUAAGGUUCCAUCUCGAGACGAAGCAGCUGCUGCUUCAGCAGUGACAGAGAAUAAGAGUAACCAUCCAUCAUCCCUUCACACAAGCUGAUGCUGAAAGCAAUCGAUACAACACUUAAAAUCACAAAGGCCUGCUUCUAAAUUCUUGCAUGCAUCUUCCUUCCAAAGGAGCUGAUUUUGUUAUGUACAGUUUAAUAUCCUUACAAAGUGUACAUCUCCAUUUGUUCAGUUCUUAUUUUUUUUACAGAUUGGCACAGAUGUAUGAUGCCUGUAAAUAGUUCUUAGCCCCUGCUGCUGAAGGUCAUGGACAUCAGAAAAGAAAAAAUACAAUUACCCAAAGGGUAUUAAUAAAUGUAGCUGGCAAUUUUCUUGUAUUUGAGCAGUUGAGGCAUUUCAGUUCCAUGUAUUGAACUGAUUGCUCUUGAAAUUGUAUCAUAUUAACAUACAUCUGUAUCCAUCAUUGGAAAUUGCCUUUGUUA